GAGUGAGAGAGCGAGUAAGUCGGGGUCAGUGAGAGUCUGUUGUCCACUCGGUGAGCUCCAGUAAUGCUGCCCGCACUAUGAGCCGCCAGCAGGCCGUGCAGGGCGUCGUGUUGACCGGCUACACGAGCAGCAGCGACGCCUUCCCUCAGCCUCCAGCCUCCGCGCCGCAGCAUGGAGCUCCAGCGCCCAGGCGUGUCAGUCAGAUCGCAGGUGUCCUCCUGCUCACACAGCAGCUGCGGAAGCGGCCCGAGGAGGCGACGGACCUGCUGUGUGACGUCAGCUGCUUUGGAUACUCUCUCCGCAGGACAGGUCACUAUAAUGUCCAGCGGGCUCGUCCGGGUGAGAAGCCUCCGUAUCAGCGCUGCAACUCUCAGGACUCUCUGGAUGAACUGGCUCUGGAUGAUUACUGGAAGGAGGUGGAGAUAAUCCAGCACACCGGAGACGCAGAGCAGCAGGAGGAGGUCCAGCUCAAAGUAGCUGAUGAGGGUGAACAGGAAGAGGCGUGGCUGACGGAGGCGGGGCUUGCGACGCUGUUCGAUGAGUCGGCCGCGGACGGUGAGGACAGCAUGGUGCUGCUGUCCACUCUGACCCGCACGCAGGCCGCCGCCGUAGAGAGGCGUGUAGAGACGCUCAAACAGACGCUGAGAAAGCGCAACAAACCCUACAGCGUCCCCGACGUCAGGGACAUCUUCAAACCUUCACCCGCCCUGGACACAAAGCAGGACAGCGAGUCCACGUCCACAGAAGGAAGUGAACACAGAAAAACGGAAGCUACUUCAUCUGGUGAGCACUCAGGCGUAGGUAACGGGGCGGAGCCUGGCGGGGGCGGAGCCGAAACGGAGACGGACAUUAACCUGGAGGUGUCGUUCUCCGAGCAGGCUCUGAGCUACAGGGACGGGUCAAAGGUCACGCAGCCCAUUAACGAGGCUGACGACAAGCUGCCGGACUUUAAGGUAGUGAGGGAUAAGACAGGGAUGACUAAAGUGGGCGAUCUCUCUGCUGCUGAUAUGAAGAAGGUGCGGCGGUUGGUGCUGAUAGAGAUGACCGCUCUGUUCGACACGGCUGGCCUCGACCUCAAAACACACAAACCCCUCAAGAUAAGGGUCAAAGAGUCGGGGUUGUUCGGGGUUCCUCUGUCCACUGUGCUGGAGCAGGACCAGAGGAGGGUUCCCGGAACACGCGUUCCUCUCAUAAUGCAGCGGCUGAUUUCCCACAUAGAGGAGGAGGGGCUGCACACAGAAGGACUUCUGCGGGUCCCUGGAGCGUCCACUAGAGUGAAGACGGUGUGUCACGAGCUGGAGCUGAAGUUCUACGAUGGCCUGUUUCUGUGGGAAACUCUGAAACAGCAUGACGCUGCCAGUCUGCUCAAACUCUUCAUCAGAGAGCUUCCUCAUCCUCUCCUCACCGUGGAGUACUUCAGCGCUUUCAUCUCCGUGCUUAAAUUCCCCACAAAAAAGCAACAGCUUCAGGCUCUCAAUCUGCUCGUGCUUCUCCUACCAGAGUCCAGCCGAGACACACUGAAGGCGCUGCUGGAGUUCCUCCAGAGGGUGAUCGACCACAAAGAACAGAACAAGAUGACGCUGAAUAACGUCGCCGUGGUGAUGGCGCCCAACAUCUUCAUGUUUAAAGGCUUCCGGAGCAAGAUCACCGAGCAGCAGGAGUUCGCCAUGGCAACAGGGAUGGCCAACAUCGUCAGACUGUUCAUACGAUACCAGAACCUGCUCUGGACCAUCCCAAAGUUUGUGAUGAAUCAGGUGAGGAAGCAGAACACAGAGAACCAGAGGAAGAUGAACCGCGACCGCGCUGUCAAAAAGCUGCUGAAGAAAAUGGCCUACGACCGCGAGAAGAACAUCGAGAAAGUGGAGAAGAGCUCUGAGGCUGAAGGGGGCAUCAUCAGGGUCCAGGCGCCUCAGUUUACAAAGGUUUCCAUGGCGGUGCAGCUCACGGAAGAGCUGCAGGCUUCCGAUAUCCUCACACGCUUUCUCAGCCAGGACAGCUCCGUGUCGGUGAAGAGAGAAGAUUUGUGUCUGUUUGAAAUCGGAGGAAACAUCAAGGAGCGCUGCCUGGACGAGGAAACGUAUAUGAAAGCCCUGCUGGAGCUAAACCCCGCCGCAGAGUGGGUCAUCAAGUCCGUCCAGCGCUAACGUCCACCCCACAACCUGCCAAUCAAGCAUGCUCUCAACCAAUCACACUACAGCUGGCAGAGGAGAGGACUGAGACCAGAUUAAAGGGAAAGAUCCACUUCAGUUUUUAUUGUUUUUAAAUGCCUGAAGGCGUGGGUAGACUCAGCCUGCCUUUUUAUUCAACGCUAGACACUUUGCUGCUGUUUUAUUUUUAAAUGUUUUCAAGAAAAAAAAACCUUCAGAUUGUUGUGUUUUGGAUCUAGAAAGGAUCUGAGCUCCUUCGUCCAAUAGAAGACGUCGUCCGACAAACACCAGCAUGACUUUGCAGCAGUGAAGAAGCAAAUGCAGAUGAAAAAACUUCAUUUUUGCAAUUUUUGACUGGAUUUUUCUUUUUUUUAUUGGUAUGGAUGUGAGCAUGCGUGUAUCCCACUGCUGUCGCAACAAAACCUCGUAUCUCCGAAAUGUUGACUUUACAGGAGAAGGAAAAAACCUGCUUUACUUUUAAUGGAAGUCAAUGGAACCAGACGUCUUUCCAGAUCUUUUUGGGCCAUUUCUUUUGGUCCGUUCAUCGUGAAAUUCAUACACAGCGUAAAGAUCAACAGGUGUUUUCAAAUGAUGUAAAAAACUGAAAAACGUCAAAAAUGCGAGGGUUUGUUCUGACAGCAGCGAUAUAUAAAUAUACAUAUAGUAAUAUGUGCAAAGGGUUCUCAGCCAAUCAGAUUUUAGGACCCAAACUACCUGUUUUAUAACACAUUUCGGGUUAAGAAACGAGGUUCCCCCAUCCAGACCAGUCGGAACCAAACUGGUUCUUCAAGGGUUCUGUGUAAAGGCAGUGGCUCUGUUUAGAACAUUGAUUUCUAGGUAGAUCCUUGAUUGCUUCUUUGCCUGGUGAAAUGGUUCUUCAGAUUGAUGGAGAAUGUGUUGUAUGUGGUUCUGUGUAGGACCAGUUAGGGUUCAUCUGUUGCCACGAUGGGAAGCUUGUAACAAUAACAGUAACUUUUUUAAAGUGCUGUAUAGACACUUUUUCAGAAAGAUUCUAGAACCAUAUACGCCACGUUCUCCAGCAAUCUGAAGAGCUGUUUGGCUGUUCUGUGGAGAGUAUAGAAUUCAUGGUUCUACGUAGAACCACUGCCUUCACCAAGCUACCCUUUUUUAUUGUGUAUAGAAACACUUCAGCAGAAAACUCCCUUAUUAACGCGAAUGCAAAUAUAAUACAGGCACAAGUGACUCCCUUCCUUAGUAUUAAUGAGAGAAAUUCAGCACUUUUAAAUCUGCAGAUCGUACUGACCGCCGUCACACUGAAGACCUGAACCCUCUUCUGAAAUCUGGACAGGCCAGAUAUUAUUUUUAUAUUUCUUUUUGGACUUUUUUCAUUUUUCUUUCAGAUCAUAAGGGUCUCUUCCUUGGUUCCAGAGGGGUCUUUUCUCAGGUCAGGUGGAAAUUUAAAGACUUUUUCCCAAGCUGACUUUAGAAAUAUAUAUAUAUAUAUUGCUCUUAUUCCUAAGAGCCGUCCUACUGGGCCAAUGGGUGUUAAAGCUUAGAAAGCAUAUUAAUGCAGUUAUUUUACUCUUUUUUUUGUUCUUUUGACAAAUAUGAAGCAUAUUUUGUGUCAAACGAUCAAACAGUUCAGUCCCAAAUCACAGCCGUCCACACGUUUCAAUUGUGCGCUUUGCAUCCAAAAUUCAGAUUCGCCUUCCCAUGGGAUUCGGUGCCUUGGAGCCUGAGUGGUAAAGAGAGCGAAAAAAGUCAUUUUGGUGUGAAAUCUGUCGAAAACACACGCAGCGAUCUCCUUUCAAGCCCACAGCAGUUUUAAUUGCGAGGAAAGCAGAAAGACAUCCUCAUAACCAAAGCCGAAAUGAGAGAAGUGGAGCCUGGAACGUGUCCAGGGAUGUUCUGAGGUGUUUCUACGGGUUUUCAGCCGUGGGUGAACAUGACGUAGUCUGCUCUGAAGCCCUGCUGAGUAGUCACCCCCAGUGUGCUGUCUCCCCGGGUCCUACCGUUACCACGUCCUCGAGCCACUAGAUUUUGUGUGCAGACUUUGAACUGGCCUUCGUAGCUCCAGCGUAGCUUACACAAUGGUGAUUCCAUAGUAUCCUGUGGCUAGUGCCUUCAAACUGGCCUCUACAGGUCACAAACCAACGUCAGUAGAGUGCGAAAUGGCUUCUUUACCUUACAGAACGGCCUGCGCUGGCCUGUAGCUGAUCAAACCGCCCCUGUAGCCUUUGAACUGGCCUUUGCAGCUGUAGAAAUCUUGUGUGUAGUUCGCAAGACAGCCUAUGGAAUGGCUUCUGUAGCUUACAGAGUGGACAUGUGGCCUUCAAAGUGCAGCUUAACACAUGGAGUGGAGUUCACAAACCAGCUUUUUGUAGCUUCCAAAGUGGCCAGUGCAGGUUCCAAACUGGCCUUUGCCUGAAGAAAAGCUUCUGUUGCUUUCAAACUGGCUUAAAUGAUGAUAUCUGGAGUUUCUCAACUGCCUUUGUAGCAUAAACCAUGUGUCUGGAGUCCAUGAACCAGCUUCUCUACAUUCUGAAACGGCUUCUUUAGCCAUUCCUCAGGUUAUACUUUGGCCUGUAGCUAAUGAAACAGCCUGCAUAGCCCUUGGAUUGGCUUUGAUAGCUCGAAAAGCGUCUGAAUUGCCUAACGGCUCGUGCAGUGCAGAAACCAGCUUCUCCAGCUGAGGAAGUGGCUUUUUCAGCUCAGAUAAUGGUCUCCUCAGGUCAUACGCAGGCCUGAAGCCAAUGAAACAGCCUGCGUGGCUUUCUGAUUGGCUCGUAAAGUCACUCCGGGCGAGUGUGCUCACUGCCCCCUAGUGUGUGUGUGUUCACUAGUGUGUAUGUGGUGUUUCACUUCAUGGAUGGGUUAAAUGCAGAGGUGGAAUUUCCCGUUUGUGGGAUUAAAAAAGUAUCACUUCACUUUUUCCAGCCUACUGAAUGUGCUAAUUGAAUGGCCUGUGUAGGCCUCAGCCUGGAUGCUACAGCUUCAGAUGUUCACCUGCAGUUCACAAGCCACUUCAUGUCGCUUAUGAAAUGGCCUUUGGAGCUUGCAUAGCGCCCUCUACAGGCGAAGAACUUGCAGCUGAUGGUGACUGCAGAUCACACAUUGGCCUCUGUUGCUGAGGAAAUGGCAUUUGUAACCUAAAAACGGGCAUUUAUAGUUUUAUGACAUGGACACUGCAAGUCAUAAUCCAGCCUGACGCUGAUGAUCAGCUAAUAACGGCUCUGUAGCUUUUUUAAAACCAGCUUAUAAAGCGGCUCCCGCAGCUCAGAGCGGCCUGGGCGAUCCGCUCAAGGUCCAGCGCAGUCCAGCACACACAGCUGUGUAACGGUACUUUGAAAGGAGGGAACAUGUCAACACACCUGCGUACAACAUAUGAAGUCUCAAUGAACUUUGAAAUCGUGGGUUAUUGGAAUCGUAGGUUAUCGUUGAUAAUGUAGCUGUCGUUUCGAAUGAAUAGUUCAAUUCAGGUGAUUUUUUUAUGAUGACUGUCUUUAUUGUAUGUUUUAUACUGUGAAUAUGACAACAAAGUGACUGUACCGUGCUGUAACACACCAUGAAUAACCACUAAACGUUUUUUUUUUGUAAAUAAAUUCAUAAUUAAACAUUUCUGUGCGAGUCUG